CUCCGUAAUUAAUAAAAAUAUACUCCGUAAUUAAAUACAAAUUCUAUGAGUUUUUAAUUAUAAAGUGUUCAUUGUUUUUUGGUGCGGGAAGCGAAAUAAAACCUUAAUACUUACUGGGAUUCAAGAUGGGAGUAACGUCUGAAAAUGGAGACCACCGGAGUGCUGCUGACAUGCCCGAUGUAUGCAUACUUAGAACAAGAACUCGACAACCGAUUCAAGCUCUACCGGUUCUGGAACUUCCCGCAGAGGAAGGAAUUCCUGAGCGAGAACGGCAACUCCAUCCGCGCCGUCGUAGGAAACGCCUCUCUCGGCGCCGACGCCGAGCUGAUCGACGCACUGCCCAAUCUGGAGAUCGUCUCUAGCUUCAGCGUCGGUUUGGACAAGAUCGACUUGGCCAAGUGCAGGGAAAAGGGGAUCCGGGUCACCAAUACCCCCGACGUGUUGACCGGCGACGUCGCUGACCUGGCAAUCGGGUUGAUGCUCGCUGUUCUCCGAAGGAUUUGCGAGUGUGAUCGACAUGUGAGGAAAGGAUUGUGGAAGAUGGGUAGCUUCGAGCUCGGGCUGACCACCAAGUUUAGUGGCAGAACCAUUGGGAUUAUAGGGCUUGGAAGGAUCGGGUCAGCAAUUGCUAAGAGAGCAGAGGGUUUCGAUUGUCAAAUCUGUUACCACUCCAGAACAGAGAAACAAAACAAAAAUUACAAGUACUACCCUAGUGUGGUUGAGUUGGCUUCUGCUUGCCAGAUUCUAGUCGUCGCUUGUGAACUAACCCCAGAAACUCGGCACAUCGUCAACCGAGAAGUGAUUGAUGCUCUUGGCCCAGAGGGAGUUCUCAUCAACAUUGGGAGGGGCCCACACGUCGACGAGCGCGAGAUGGUGUCAGCUCUAGUUGAAGGACGGCUGGCUGGUGCUGGACUUGACGUGUUCGAAAACGAACCUUGCGUGCCCGAGGAGCUGUUUGGGCUGGACAAUGUAGUCCUGUUGCCCCAUGUUGGAAGCGACACGGUGGAAACAUGCAAGGCCAUGGCUGAUCUUGUUAUCAGCAAUUUAGAGGCUCACUUUCUUAAUGAACCACUACUGACCCCUGUGAACGUUGCCGUCAACGGGGAUUCAAUAUCGGAGAAACGUCUGAAAAUGGAGACCAUCGGAGUGCUGCUGACAUGCCCCGUGAAUCCGUACCUAGAGCAAGAACUCGACAACCGAUUCAAUCUCUUCCGCUUCUGGAACUUCCCGCAGAGGAAGGAAUUCCUUAGCGAGAACGGCAACUCCAUCCGCGCCGUCGUAGGAAACGCCUUUAUAGGCGCCGACGCCGAGCUGAUCGACGCACUUCCCAAGCUGGAGAUCGUCUCUAGCUUCAGCGUCGGGUUGGACAAGAUCGACUUGGCCAAGUGCAGGGAAAAGGGGAUCCGGGUCACCAAUACCCCCGACGUGUUGACCGACGACGUCGCUGACCUGGCAAUCGGGUUGAUGCUCGCUGUUCUCCGAAAGAUUUGCGAGGGUGAUCGACAUGUGAGGAAAGGAUUGUGGAAGAUGGGUAGCUACAAGUUGACGACUAAGUUUAGCGGCAAAACGAUUGGGAUUAUAGGACUUGGAAGGAUUGGGUCAGCAAUUGCUAAGAGAGCAGAGGGUUUUGAUUGUCAAAUCUGUUACCACUCCAGAACAGAGAAACAAAACACAAGUUACAAGUACUACCCUAGCGUGGUUGAGUUGGCUUCUGCUUGCCAGAUUCUAGUUGUUGCUUGUGAAUUAACCCCAGAGACUCACCACAUCAUCAACCGAGAAGUCAUCGAAGCUUUUGGCCCACAGGGAGUUCUUAUCAACAUUGGUAGGGGCUCGCACGUUGACGAGCGCGAGAUGGUAUCAGCUUUAGUUGAAGGCCGGUUGGGUGGUGCUGGACUUGAUGUGUUUGAAAAUGAACCUUGCGUGCCCGAGGAGCUGUUUGGGCUGGACAAUGUAGUCCUGUUGCCCCAUGUUGGAAGUGGAACGGUGGAAACACGCAAGGUCAUGGCUGACCUUGUUCUUGGCAAUUUAGAGGCUCACUUUCUUAACAAACCACUACUGACCCCUGUGGUUUGAAUUGGCUGUGGACAUCCCGGUACAAGUCUCUUUUGAACAUUUUAUUUAUGGCAUGUAUUUGUGUUUGUUGAGUAUCCCAUGCAGGGAUGACACAAAUGGUUUCCAAUUCUUAGGACAUUUUAAAGUUGUUUUGGUUCCGGAAUAAGAGCUGCCUGUUCCUGUUCCCUACCAGAACCAUGUCUACUGAUCAGCAUGUAACGAAUAAGUUUCACUGGAAAGAUAACUGUCUAGUGUUUUGCAUUUUACUUUGAACUCAGAUGCAUAUAGCUUUCAUAUGUAGAAAAAGGAAAGGUACAUAGGUUUGAUGGUUACUGACUAUAGGACUUUUACUCCCAUGCUGAUUUUCAUCCUCCCUUCAACUAUGCAUUGGAUGGCUUGGCUGCAUCAUGAAGGAGAGCUCUGGGGAGAAGAUGACCCCUUGAAGAUGAGGAAGUUGAGAGUCUCCAAGGUGAAAUAGAUGAAAGUUCCUUUACUGUGAGUGAAGAAACAACUGAAGUGUGACCCCACCACACAUUGCCAACCACUCCCAUAUUCCUUGUCAAACUCCUGCACAUACAUUAUUGUCAGGAGAAAAUGGUCAAUCUAACUAAUGAUGGGAGGUGCUCAUUAAUUCUUGCACCUUGUUUGGUUGGUUGGUCUCUUGGAAACAACCUCUUUACUUAGGGGUAAGAUCUACCUACACACACCCUUUCUUGACACUACUCUCACGGGAUUUCUACUCGGUUUUUUUUGUUACUCCGUAGUUUGGUUGGUUGAUAUUGAUUCUGGGAAGCCAUUAACACAUUUAUCUUCCUCAUCUCCACUUCCUUAUAUCACCAAAGGAGUGGAGUGGAAUGGAGAGAGAACUUUUCUUUCACUCCCACUCUUUUCCCAUCCAAACACCUUUGAAAUUCUACUAAUUUUCUAACCAUUUUCUAUUUUUUUCUCCCUCCCUUUUCUAUCCUGCUUCUAUAUUUCUCUUCAUCCAAAUAAAUAGAUUAUUAUAGUACUGUGUUAAUUGAGCUCACCUACCUUACCUUCUUGAUGUGAGCAGCAAUGGAUUUGCAGUCAAGAACAUCAUCAUAAAGAUCCAGAGCUUGAGAAGCACAUGCCAUGGCUUCAAUCUGCAUCUUCAUUGGCAUGUCUGUAUCUUCAAUCACUGCUUUCCC